AUGACUAAUGCAAGCAGUGCCUCGCACGUGCACCGCAAUCUUGCUCAUCUCGUCCCCCAUCUCUCGCCCCUUCCUCUAUUUAAAGUGGAAGCCUCGGCCCCCAGUCAUACCCCCUCAUUAGAUCCUCAAGGCAUGGACUCAUUAGCGUGUCCUCCACUCGAUGUAUUGCUUCGUAAUGUCUGUGAUUUGACCGAAUCCACCAAAAUUAUUGGGACCAAGCCCUUUGCGCAUGGUGGCUUUUCCGACAUAUGGAGAGGGUGUGAGUGGGGUGCCGGAGCCACGAGGGAUGUCGCAAUCAAAAUCGUUAGAGUUGCUAGAAAACAAGACGUUGGCGUUGAGAAAUUACAAAAAAGCAUUUUGAGAGAAAUUAUUCCCUGGAGCACUGUCGCACACCAAAAUAUCCUACCUUUCUAUGGUCUGUGUUGGCUGGAUGGUCCGGAUGACUUGCCAGCGAUGGUAUUUCCGUACUGCGAGUCCGGCACAUGCGUCGACUUCUUGACCAAGAAUCCCGACGCUGACCGGAUGUCGAUUAUCCGUCAAGUCGCUGCUGGUCUGAGCCACCUUCACUCGCGCAACCCUCCAAUAGCACACGGCGAUAUCAAGGCGACCAAUAUUCUCAUGAAGGAGGAUGGGACCCCUCUGAUUGCAGACUUUGGACUGAGCCGUCUUGUGAUAGAGUUCUCCACAGGGUUGACAACCUCAUCCAGUAAGGGAAGCUGUCGUUGGAUGGCACCAGAGCUAUUUGGUGGCAUUGAUAUCCAGGUUCUUGUACCGGUCACCACUGCCAGUGACGUGUGGGCCUUUGGAUGUCUGUGCAUUGAGAUCUUGUUGGGAAUAGUUCCUUGGGCAACUACUAGGAAUGAUGCUGCCAUAAUUCUCGCUGUAGUACAACACCGAAAAACGCCACCACUUCCCGAGAGCACCAGCAGCGUACCGGUUGGCCAUAUUAUGAGCCACUGUUGGGCGUACGAGCCUUCUCAUCGGCCAAGCAUGGUUCAGCUUGUCAAUGCGCUCCGCGACGUUGAUCCGGAAUGGCUACACACUUCUGUGUGUACGUUGCUACUGCCUAUGCCGACUGUUCUCUCCGAUUCGCCACCUCCCAUACGCAACUCGGACUCGGAUUCCUUCACGCGUACGUUUGGAGAAAGCCCCUUGAUCUCGGGCUCGCAGACUGAAACCCGGACCAAAACUCCCAUCGCCCUUAUCCCCCUUGACCCGCUUUUCUCUCCACGGGAGCCUCCUCCGUCUCAUCAACGAGUCACACCGGUUUCUAGCACUGGCGCGACUCCUUAUCUCGACAUGUUGUCGUUCACUCCAAGUGACUCUGGCUCAUCUGGUCCAGCGUCUCGAGACGAGCCUCCACUCUUCGAAAUUUCUCAGCCGCCACUGUUCGGCCCAGGCCCCCGACGACCGUCAAGAGGCAUCCGCGAGGUUCGACAAAACAGCCAGCCGAUAUGGCCACGUACGCCGUCAUCCAGCUCUUCCACUUUACCACAUCCUGUGCGUGGGGGUGGCGGGGGUGGCGAUGACGCGUUCAGGUCCGAGGCGUGGCGGACUCGCGAUACCACUCCCGCUAGCACUCGUCCCCCUUCGCAAUCCUCCUUGCACAUAUGGACACCGACCCGACCCGAAUCGCGACAUGGCUCACAUAUUCCAUCUAUGAGUCCGAUCUCACAAACUUCAUCUGAUCGCUCUGCUACCACGACUUCCCUUCCGACUCCUGUUACCCCCGUCCCUCCUCAUACCCACUAUCGCUAUCACCAUUCCGCUUCUUAUGGGCCUCCUGUACAUUCCCCGGAUUACAGAUACCAAGGAAGUUACUUUGCUGGACCUCCCCUUGAAUUGCAUCCGCCCCUGACCCCGAACGGGUCGAUCCCUCGGGAUUUUCAAUUUGCAAGGUCAAACCCAAUCCGAAUAUCGGCUCCGGACGGCACGCCAGUGAUUCUACCUGAACGAAAAUCGUCGUCAAGUUCUCCAACAAAAUCCAACCGUGCGCGAUAG